UUUUUUCUCUUCGUUUGAUAUUGAAAAGGGUUUCCAGUUGAUAAUCGGUUAUGGAUGGUCCGGUGCGCGCUCUCCAUCCCAGCCCGCGCACAUCAGAAAACCGGAUCCUCUUCGAGACUUUGCUCCUUUCAGUCAUAGUUCAGUGACAGACUGGAGACGAGGGGAGCAGGUUUUACGUCCCCCAGAAGAAGGUGACUCGAAAGUGAUGCCGUUCCAGGAGGUGUGGGCGCGGAGCAUGUGUCGGCCCAUGGAGCAGUUGGUAGAUGUGGAGCAGGAGUACCCUGGAGAGUUGGAGUACAUCUACAUGCCUGCUUGUGUCCCACUUUGGCGAUGCUCCGGUUGCUGUGGGGAUGAAAACCUGGAGUGCCAGGUUACACUUGAGAGCAACAUCACUCUGCAGGUGAUGAGGCUUCAUCCCAUGAUAUCUAUGCACCAUGUGGAACUCACAUUUGUGGAGCAUCAGACAUGUGAAUGCAGAGCCCGUCAGAAGCUUCCAAACGAUAAAAGCAGCAGUGAGUCUAUAAAAAACAGGCCUCGGAGGAGGAAACACAAGAAGACGGGAAACGGCUGUGGGAAGUGCCAGUUCCCUCAAACCAAGAUAAAUCUUCAUUGAUCCACGUUGGUCCGAAGUUUAAUUUGAAGGAGUUUUGAGGAGCGAACAACACAUUUGUACAUUUAUUAUAUCUCAUGGUUCAUUCUAUGUCCAUUAAUUUGUUUCCUCAACCCCUACAUCCAUCAACUAUCAGACUCUCCUACUCUCCAUCUUGUCUGUGACACUCUUAUCUCUUCUGAUUGAUUACCAAAGAAAACAAUAAGUCAUGCAGAGUACUAACGGGUAACUGCUGUUUUGAAAGGACCAAGGUAAAUGUUAAAGAUAGCUUUUACAAUUGUUGAUUUUGUAUGAGGUUUUCAUGGCAGACACAGACAGAUUAAAACAGGUAUAGAGAUAAUGGGUGGAAUGCAGCAAGCUCGUCGGCUGCCAGGAGAAGGAUUAAAGCUUUUGUCCAGCCUCAAGUGUUCCCUGAUUAACUGUCUGAUCAUUCAAACAACAUUCACAGAGAGGAUAAAAACUCCUCAAUCCCUUCUGUGUGUAAAGUGGUAUAUAUCCUGCCUAAAAAUAAGUUUGUGAAAUAAAAUCUCUCACAAAAA